CUUCAACUGGUAGGAUAUGUGGGACCAGAUUUUGAGGCCGAGACUGUCUUUGCUCUUUAAUCAGGAAUUUAUCAAUUCUCAUGAGUUAUUGAACCUGCCUAUAGCUGCACGAGCAUCUUUGAUGUGGCCAAGGAAAAGCAAACUGGGAAACCCAAGAAGACGGGGUUCGGCUAAGAGAUAGUUUACUGGGUCCUAUUGCACUAAUUGAAUUGACCUUGGUUUACUUGAGGGCUUUUAGGAACGGGUUGCCCAAGAAGACGGGCAAAACUGCAAUCUGCAACAGGCAGGUUAGUUUCCUAGACUUUAUUCUAAAGAGAUUUUUACCAUUUUUUAAUCGAAAAAAUGCUUCUUUUCUUAUAAUAUGAACUCUUAUUGCUCAGAUAUGCAUUUAGAUUGAACUAAGAGCAUAUAUCUCUAUCUUGAGGCAUUAGGUGCUUAGUUUUAAAAGAUUUUGGAUUCAAACAAGCUGUUUUGAAGAAAAAAAUGCACUAUUUGUGCCGAUUUGCAUGCUGUGUUUGUGUUCCAGAAGUGCUUCUUUGCUCAACUGUCAAUGUUUAUUGUUGAAUCUAUACUUUAACAUGAUUGCUUGCUGAUUUUAUAGAAAACUUAAAGUGAUUCGUGCUGAAUUUUGAACUUUUAGAGAUGAAAUUUGCAUAGGAACAUUAUCGAGAAACAUAUAUCAAGUUUUUUUGUCAAAUUGAUUUUUAUUCAUAUAAGCUGCAUUUUGCACGAAAUGUGAAUUUCGUUCAAAAUCCGAUUUUGAAAUCUGAUUUCUAGCUUUAAACAGCAUCUUAAGCAUUAAAGUUGAUUUUUUAUUGCUUAACUUGACUUCAUCAUUUUGAGUGAUUUAAAAAAACACAUAUACUUUAUUUUUUUACUACUGGUUGAGGUGACUUAGAUUGCCAUUUCAAAAAUACAAUGCGUCAACUUUCACGGGGUCUCAGGCCCUUUCCCCUAGCGCCCGUCUCAGGCGCUUUCCUCUCCUCCACAGCCUUACAAGAAGAAAGGGUCGGAUUCAAGUUGCGGGUAACACCCUUUUGUUCUUUCUACUUUAAUAUCUUUAUAAUUAGGGUAGGAUUUUAAGAUAUUUUGUAUUUAGGGUUCUUGGAUUUUAAAACCUUAGGUACAACCACGUUGUACGACGGUCAUGGUGGUGGCACGAGUGUGCCACGGUUACUGAUCUCAUAAACUUCUACUCAAUCUACACACCCUUUUCUCUUUGCAUAGAAAUUUGUUCCCUGGUCUAUUUUAAUAUUAUGAUCGGAACUCAAUUUACAAACUCUUUUCUGCAACCUAUGCCCAUAGAAAGAGGCUGAUGUAUAUGAUGAUCCAGGUUUAUAGCCACAUGCUAUUAAUAUAAUUAUUUUACACUAAUUAACAAGCUGAUCCUCCUUAUUGGUUAUAUCCAUCCAGCUCCACUUCAUCCUCCCAUUUACAGCAAUUGACAUAUAUGUUUAGGUUAGUUUCACUUAAGUGUAAUACUUCUCCGGUCAGCCUUACAUGGUAUAAGCCCUAUAGAGUUGACAGGAGUGUCCUUUACUUAUGUUAGUGAGUGGUUGGCCAUGAAGACUGACCUAAGGCAUAUAUUUCUCAAAGGGUACCUCAUGCCCCAGAGCUUCAAUCUGGCAGUGACCUGGCCUCUGGUAGGACCAAGUACAAGAUGAAGGCUCUUGCUGCCAAGAUGUACCGAACCCAAAGCCCAGCACUAAGUUGGCCAAGUUGAUGAAGAAUAGUCUGGUGGUAGAUGUCGCUCACUUUACGAGAGCGCAAGUGUAGUUGAUUGUGGAGAUGUGCAAUGAAUACCCAUCUAAGAGAUUCGGUCCUGCAAACAUCUACAACAAUUUGAGCUUGGCAGCAGCUGAUGACCUGGUUCUGCUUUGCGACGAUAGAUUCCAUCAGGGAGAAGAUCCGGGCUAUGGGAGUCCCGAGUUGAUGUGGAACGAUAUUGUGAACAUAGCUCUGGAGCUCAAGGCGCUGGACGAUUUGGGGCACGUCGUUUCUUCUUUCCGCGGUGUGCCGGGCAUAUUGAGAAGCGUCAACAGAUGGUCGGGCGAGGAUAGUUUUCCCCUUGAAUACCCACUCAGCUUUUCUAUCAGUUUGGGUGUUAAGAGCACCUUUUCAAUCAAUUCUGCAGUGGCCGGUUACGCGAGUUGGAUGGAGACAACUGCAUCUAUGAAGAGUGGAAGGUGAUCCGAAAGUGUAGUAUGGUGGUGAGCUUUGGAGGCAAGCUGAAGCAUGUUGCGGUGAGGUGUUAACAUUGUUAGUGGCCAACCUCUAUAGUGUCUUUCCUAAAUACGAGUACAUGUUAACAUUGUAUUUAUCAUACUCACUGUGUGUGGUGUCUACUAAUACUUCUUUUUUUAUAAGUUUCAAUGCAUUUUUUCUUUUUGCAUUUUGUGGUAGACAACUCCGGAGUUGCAUUUGCCGAGACUGGAUUGCUAGGUAUUUGUAGCAGGCUAUGGAACAAAGUUGUUUUGUACAA